UGGCAUCACAUCGAGAACCUGGACCUGUUCUUCUCUCGCGUCUAUAACCUGCAUCAGAAGAAUGGCUUCACCUGCAUGCUCAUUGGAGAGAUCUUUGAGCUCAUGCAGUUCAUCUUUGUGGUGGCAUUCACCACCUUUCUUAUCAGCUGCGUUGAUUAUGACAUCCUUUUUGCCAACAAAGCAGUAAAUCACAGCCAGCAUCCCAGUGAGCCUAUUAAGGUGACUCUGCCAGAUGCAUUCCUGCCUCCAAAUGUCUGCAGUGCAAGAAUCCAGGCAAACAGCUUCCUCAUCUGUAUCUUGGUGAUAGCUGGCGUUUUCUGGAUCCACCGGCUCGUCAAAUUUAUCUACAACAUUUGCUGCUACUGGGAGAUUCACUCUUUCUACAUCAACGCCCUCAAAAUCCCCAUGUCCACCCUGCCGUACUACACCUGGCAGGAGGUGCAGGCCCGCAUCGUGCAGAUCCAGAAGGAGCACCAGAUCUGCAUCCACAAGAAGGAGCUGACGGAGCUGGACAUCUACCACCGCAUCCUCCGCUUCAAGAACUACAUGGUGGCCAUGGUGAACAAGUCGCUGCUGCCCAUCCGCUUCCGCCUGCCCCUGCUGGGAGACACCGUUUUCUACACACGUGGGCUCAAGUACAACUUCGAGCUCAUCUUCUUCUGGGGGCCCGGCUCCCUCUUUGAGAACGAGUGGAGCCUGAAGGCUGAGUACAAGCGGGCCGGGAACCGCCUGGAGCUUGCUGAGAAGCUCAGCACUCGCAUCCUCUGGAUUGGCAUUGCUAACUUCCUCCUCUGCCCCCUCAUCCUCAUCUGGCAGAUCCUCUAUGCCUUCUUCAGCUACACGGAGAUCCUGAAGCGGGAGCCGGGCAGCCUGGGUGCCCGGUGCUGGUCUCUCUACGGCCGCUGUUACCUCCGUCACUUCAACGAGCUGGACCACGAACUGCACUCACGCCUCAGCAAGGGGUACAAGCCAGCUUCCAAGUACAUGAACUGCUUUAUCUCCCCGCUCCUCACCAUCGUGGCCAAGAACGUGGCCUUCUUUGCUGGCUCCAUCCUGGCUGUGCUCAUCGCUCUCACCAUCUAUGAUGAGGACGUGCUGGCAGUUGAGCACGUCCUGACCACGGUCACCCUGCUCGGGGUGGGCAUCACGGUGUGCAGGUCUUUCAUCCCUGACCAGCACCUGGUGUUUUGCCCAGAGCAGCUGCUGCGAGUCAUCCUGGCGCACAUCCACUACAUGCCUGACCACUGGCAGGGCAAUGCCCACCGCUACGAGACCCGGGAUGAGUUUGCCCAGCUGUUCCAGUACAAAGCGGUCUUCAUCCUGGAGGAGCUCCUGAGUCCCAUCAUUACCCCCCUGAUCCUCAUCGUCUGCCUGCGGCCCAAGUCCUUGGACAUCGUUGACUUCUUCCGCAACUUCACUGUGGAGGUGGUGGGCGUGGGCGACACCUGCUCCUUCGCUCAGAUGGACGUGCGCCAGCACGGCCACCCGGCGACGGCCUUCAUCGGCUUCCUGAAGGAGCGGGUGCACCGGGACAGCAGUGUGGCGCUGGCUCAGCAGGCUGUGCUCCCUGAAAAUGCCCUCUUCAGCUCCAUCCAGUCCCUGCAGUCGGAGUCGGAGCCUCACAGCCUGAUUGCCAACGUGAUAGCGGGCUCCUCAGCACUGGGCUUCCACAUGGGCCGGGAUGGACAGGCCUCCCGCCAUCUCUCUGAAGUGGCCUCGGCCCUGCGUUCCUUCUCCCCGCUCCAGUCUGCCCAGCACCCUCCCAGCGGCUUCCAGGCGGCAGGAAGGGAUGGAGAGGGAGCCCAGCCUCGGGGUGCCAGUGCCAUGACAGCCUCUGGCGCCGACGCGAGGACCGUGAGCUCAGGGAGCAGCGCCUGGGAGGGUCAGCUGCAGAGCAUGAUCCUGUCGGAGUACGCCUCCACGGAGAUGAGUCUCCACGCGCUCUACAUGCACGAGUUGCACAAGCAGCAUGCCCAGCUGGAGCCCGAGCGGCACACUUGGCACCGGCGAGAGAGCGACGAGAGCGGGGAGAGCGCCCACGAGGAGCUGGACGCUCAGCGGGGUGCCCCUGUCCCCAUCCCCCGCUCUGCCAGCUACCCCUUCUCCUCGCCACGGCAGCCUGCCGAGGAGACGGCCACCGCCGCGCGGCGGCGAUACGGUGGCAUCACAGACCCGGGCACAGUACACCGAGCCCCAUCCCACUUCUCCCGCCUCCCUCUGGGAGGCUGGGCUGAGGACGGGCAGUCAGCGAGACACCCCGAGCCCGUGCCAGAGGAGAGCUCAGAGGAUGAGCUUCCCCCGCAGAUCCACAAGGUAUAG